CUAUACAGCCAGUGCGUGAUUCAAACUUAACGUGUCCACAAAGUUUUGUAGUGUUUAACCUUUUCGUUAAUCUUAUUUAACCUCCUUUUUCAUUUUCUCUUGAUAUUGGCUGUAUACAUGUAAAAUAAAUUUCUAUUUCGAAACACAUAAGUGCCAUUUGGAUGCAAAUUUUAACAUGGAUCAUCCAAAGCACUUGACAUUAACGGUCACCAUAUUGUUAGUUGCUUUUCAACUGGCAUCAUCCAACAAAAACGCCAGGCCGGUUUACGAGGUUAUUAACGAACAGUCAAGAAUUGAUGAUAGAGUCAGAAUAUCCAGCAGUCCAGGGUUACUUCCAUAUGGCAACCCUCUUGCGGGUAACUCCAUACAAAAUGCAAGAUUACACGCCAGCAACCAGCAAGCCAUGUUCAACGCUGAGAGGAUACGCCAACAUAAAGCCCAAUUACAACGACAGGCCAAUCUGCCAAGAGUCGUCGAUAGCUAUAUGAAAGCGUACCACGAAUCACAGGAGAGUCAUCAUCUAGCUCUCGAACGACAACAGGCGACAAUUAAUGAUAAUCCCACAACUAAGGAACCCGUGAGACCACAGCACAGACAAAAACAAAGAGUACAAAUAAACAAACGAGUACAUAGCACUGAUCCGCCGAAACUCAUGCCAAAAGUCACUAACAGGGGACAAAGUCGCAUACAGAAUCUUCCAAAGAGAGACACCCUAACACCAGGACCGGAAGUUACAAAAAUUACAAAAGAGGACGCCAUAGGGAAUAGGAAUAGAAAUUAUAGAUCAUAUGGUCCAGUUGAUUAUCAACAAUACUUGGAACCGCAGAGGUACAGAACUGUUUACGUGACUCCAACGACAGAUAACGACCAGGCAGUGUCCAUAAAAGAUAACCUUAACGUACUAAGACAUUUGAAUAGCAAAACACCGACCAAACUUUACACGGAAGCGAUCUCAAGCGAUUCUAAAUAUGGGUAUCCAAAACACUAUACACCAACACAAAACUUGAAAUCGAUCCAAGAUAUUCAAGUUCUUAAUUCAUUACUGACCAAAAAUCCAGUGGACCAAUUGACAGAAUUUAAUGCGCUUAUAACAUCCAGCGCUGAAAACGACAAAAAAGUACCAAUCGAUCUUUAUUUUUAUGUUAAAGAUCCAAAUAGCCAGUCAUUAUCUCAAGAACAAUCAAAAUACGCACCAAAUUCUAAUUCGUACAUAAUUCCAUCAGAUUUGAAUAUAAAAGAUCACACGCCGAUAACAGAAGAUGUAGACGAUAUUGAUAAUCCGAUCGAAGACCAACAAUAUUACAGCCUUCAAACAAUCCCAACGACUAAAGCAAGCGAAGCGACAACUACAAAAAACAAUUACUACAAAGUAGAAGUGGCCAGUCAAACAAUAACCGUACCGAAGCAAGAAGAAUACAAUCUGAAUGAUCCCACUUACCAAAUAUCGCAUUACGGUCAAACUUAUGGUAAAAACGAAGCGAAAAGUGAACAAUAUUUGAACCUGCAUUCACAACCGACCGGAGUCCAACAUCUAUCUGGCGAUGGCACAGAAGUAUCGGCUUACGGCGACGAUGAUCUCAAAUACGCUGCGAAUUAUGAAUUUGGUUACCGUGUGAGAGACGCCGACACAGCUAAUUACUACGGACAUAGAGAGUCUAGGAACGGCUUGAAAACCAAAGGACAGUACCAUGUGUUGUUGCCUGAUGGUAGGAUGCAGCAAGUAAACUACGUCGCUGGACCAGAAGGUUACCACGCUGAUAUAACGUACGACCAACCUCAUUAAUAUUUAUAUGAUACCUUGACGUACAAUUAACAAUCGGUUUUAACUCGACAAUGAUUGAUAAUUGUUGCAAAUGUUCUUCUAAUUUAUGAAUAACUAGUUUAAAUUAGGUUGCAAUACAAAUAAAACACAAAUAAUAUAAUAUUUAUUAACAAUAUUAACUUAUAAGAUAAUGCACAAUAGUUGUAAUGGUUUUACAUUGUACCGAAUACGAUUUCUGUAGUAGCUGUCUGUCAAUAGCGCAGUUAAUCAUCUCGUAACUGAAACAUCGUAGCUAAACCUCACGGGUGUAACUUAAUGGUCUUAACACAAGGAAACCUUUCUUCAAAAUGACAAAAUACGCUGUAUUACUAUAUAUAUAUCAGCCAUCCCGCCAAAGUGUGAAAAGAGAAAACUAGAAAGCAUAUUUAGUUUUGACAAUGCGGUAUUUCGCUCAUUUGGUGUUAUAUGAGUGCGACGUAAUAAAAAGUUCACUUUCUUGAAUACGCUAACAAAUGUCAAAUGAUCUACUUUAUAUGUACACACCAGUAUGCGGUUUUCCUUGAACAACGGGUAAAUUAUUCUUUUUGAAUUAUUACAUUAAAAAAUAUAGUAUAAAUUUUUUAUUUAAAUUAAAGUUUUAAUAUUUAAACUCAUCCUAAAUAACGACUUUUGACAGUAAAAAGGAAAUUCUAUGUAGACUUGUCAAAAUUAAUAUGACAGCUCUUUACUUUCAUUUAACGACUAUUAUUUGUUUCCGGUAAUAAAAGUUACAACGAAGAACCCAAGGCAAGUAAUAUCGUUAGGUGUUGUAAUUUCAUAUUCACAUCCAAAUAAAAUAAAAUUAACAUAUUUAUGAAUUUAUUAUCCAAAUUUAAUUAAUUCAUAUAAGAUUGAUAUUUGUGAUAUUUUUUUUUACGGUUUCUGUAGAUUAUUAAUGUUACAUUUAAUUAUAUUUUUUGAUAUAAAUUGUUUGUCAAAAAUAAAAAAAAUAAUAUUUUACAUUUAUGGACAAUAUUUUAAUGUUUUUUCUUUAUCACUACAAAGAAUGUGAUGGUAAUUUCAAUUGUGGGUCUGUGCAAUUUUUAUGACUUGUGUAAUGUAUAUUUUGUAUCUCAUUUGGACAAAAGGGUUAAGUGCAAUACGCAGUCGAACUGAUAUUUUUUGGUUUCAUAUUAAUGAUAUGUAUGUACUUCCACUGAUAAAAUUGUUAAAGUACUUCAAACGGUAAAAAUGUAUAAUGAUUAUUUCACGCUUGUUGUCACUCGAUUAUGUGUAUACACUAUAUAUCAUAAUUUUUAAGAACUAUAAUAACAUAAUUAAUUAGGUACUCAUUAUAAAUUGUCGUGUACUUUAUAUUAAAUGUACAAACCUCUCUAGAAUUAUAAAAUGCUUAAUUUAUGUACAAAUAAAGUUACGAAGAUAA